AUGGAAUUUACAUUGUACAAGAGAAGACAUCUUUCAACGCACAGCUACAUAGUUCCAACGUAUUUUUAUCCGAUUGCGUACUAUGUGGGAACCCUCUUUAAGCUUACGGAUGAGCUUAACGGGUGUGCUAUUUCCGUCUUUUUUCUUGCGCUUCUGCAGUCUUUUAUGUUUCUCUCUUCCUUCUGGGGGAGUGAAGUAUACGUGUUUUCAAGGCUUCAGAGGGUCAGGCGCGAGAGCGAGACUGAGAUCGUGAAGGUCUCGAAGAGUAGCCCAAAUCAAGCGCCCAAGGUCGGAUUUGCGCGGGUCUUGGAGAGAACAGCCGUUGUAAAAAGCAGAAAAGAAACGGUCAGGUACUUCGAGUUCGACCACGAAAUCUUCUACUUCAAAGAAGGCGCUUCGAUACAGAGGCUCAGCAUCAACACGGAGAUCCCAAUUGACAGAUACUUCCAGGAAUCUCCCCAUAAAGAGAUGCUAACGGAAACUGAGCGGGUCAUUUUCCCGAAAAACGUCUUUAAGAUCGACCCUCCUGCAUUCACGAAGAUGUUUGCCGAGCACGCGGUCAGCCCCUUCUUUGUCUUCCAGAUAUUCUGUGCCCUCCUGUGGAUGCUUGACGAGUACUGGAAGUACUCUCUCUUUACGUUUUUCACGAUAAUCCUCUUUGAAGGGGGGAUGGUCUUCCAGAGAUACACGAAUAUAAAGCAGUUGCGAACCCUGAACCUGAAACCGCAAAAUAUUUCAAAAAAUAACGGCGGAAAAAAAGAGUCCGUCCUCAGCACGGAGCUCAUGCCAGGGGACAGGGUCUUUCUGAGCGGGAAGAUGGAAGUUCCUGCUGAUCUCCUGAUACUCUCCGGGGAGGCAGUUGUUAACGAGUCGAUGCUUUCCGGGGAGGCAGUUCCCGUCCAGAAGGAAAGUGUCCAGAACCUGAAAAACAGCAAAAAGUCGUUUUUGCUCUCACACCACCGGAAACACGUCCUUUUUGCAGGCACAAAAGUCCUGAAGUGCUCGGAUAAGGGCGUGGAGUGCGUGGUCAUCCGGACAGGGUUUAUGUCCGAGCAGGGAGUCCUUAUCAGGUCAAUGAUCGCAUCAGAAGAUACCGUUUCUGAAAAUAAUUUUGAAGCGUAUCUUUUUAUUCUGGCAAUGCUCGUUUUUGCCGUUGGAUCUUGCGCUUAUGUCGUUAGAGAAAGCCUGAAAAUGGGGAAGACCCUCUACAAAAUCGGCCUGGAGUGCAUUAUGAUCCUCACGAACGUGGUUCCUCCGGAGCUCCCCAUGGAGCUUACAAUUGCAGUGAACUCGUCGCUGCAGGAGCUCGUUUCCCUUGGAGUUUACUGCCUGGAGCCUUUCAGGAUACCUUUUGCAGGGAGAAUUACAACGUGCUGCUUCGAUAAAACGGGAACGCUCACGGAGUUGAAUCUGCACCUGGAAAGAGUCGAGGCCCAGGAUAAAGGCCUUGCAGACGUUGUUUUGGGGACCUGCCACUCGCUCGUGCUUUUGGAGGGAGUCCCAGAGGGCGACCAUUUGGACACCUGCGGAUUUGAGUUCGUUGGAGGGAACCUGAUUCGGGAUGACUUCGUGGAAGUGCGCGGGAAGGAGUACUCUUUGCUUCGGAGGUUCUCGUUCGACAGUGCCCUGAAAAGAGCAACGGCUGUGAUUGAAAAUCAGGGCCAAAAAUACGUUGUUAUGAAGGGAGCACCUGAAACCGUCAGAGAGUACCUGAAAAGCCUUCCCGAGGGAUACGAGAAAUACGAGGAGUUUGCAGAUGCCGGGUACAGAGUCAUCGCCCUCGCUGCUAAGCCCCUCCAGGACCUCCCCGCGAAGAGGGAGAAGAUCGAGGCAGAGAUGGACUUCGUGGGAUUCGCCCUCUACAUCUCGAAGCUCAAGGAAAGCGCGAAGAGUACAGUUUCCCACCUGAUGCAGAGCGGGCACAGAGUCAUUAUGAUCACAGGGGAUAACGAGAGAACAGCAAUUAGCGUUGCAAAACAGCUGGGAAUGUUUAACGGAAAAUUUGUUUCAGGUAGCAAAAAAAUUGCAGAGUUCCUGAAAGAGGCAAAAUCAGGUGCAGUUUGGCCCUCCGUUUUCGCACGAGCGGACCCUGAUGCGAAGGAGAAGACGCUUUCCCUCCUGAACGCCCUGGGAGAGUAUACGCUCAUGUGUGGAGACGGAACAAACGACGUCGGAGCCCUGAAAACAGCCCAUGCAGGAAUUGCCCUUUUGGAAAAAACCGUUACAAAAGCAAAAGCUAUCACCCUCCCAGGGAAUAUCGGGCAGUCAAUGUUCAUCCUGGACGAGGAGGUGAAAGUAAAGCUGGGAGACGCCAGCAUAGCAGCCCCCUUCACAUCAAGAACAGGCUCCCUGGAGUCCGUUAUUCACGUUAUCUCCAGAGGAAGAUCCGCACUUGUCAGCACAGUCCAAAUGUACAAAGUACUCGCUCUUAACUGCCUCCUCUCCGCAUACACCCUCAGCGUCUUCGAUACGAUGGGAAUAAAGUACGGAGACCUCCAGAUGACAGCCGCAGGACUGCUUUCGGCAGUUUCCUUUACGUUUUUCGGGAAGUCACGACCCCUCCAGAGAAUCAGCAGGGAGAAGCCAGUAGCGAAGAUCUUCAGCCCGUAUAUCGUUUGCUCCGUGGUUCUGCAGACAGUAGUACACAUUCUCUCGUUUUGUGCCGUUUAUAGGGGAGUUGUCAGGCACGAAAAUAUCACAAUGCAGGAGAAGUUCGAGCCCUCCCUCGGGAAUACGGCAAUGUUCUUGCUGGGAGCUGCCCUGCAGGUGACAACUCUCGUCGUGAACUACGUGGGAAGACCCUUCAGAGAGAGCCUCACAGAGAACAGGAAGCUUCUGAACUCGCUCCUUGCAUCUCUCGCAAUGGUCGCUGCGUGUACGCUAGAGAUUGCCCCGGAGUUUAACGAGCAGAUGCAGCUGGUCAGGAUCCCUGCGGACCUGAAGAUGCGCCUUCUCCUGGUGAUGGCAGGAGACUUUGCAGCAUGCUUUGCGAUUGAGCGGGGAAGCUUCGGGCUCUUCAUGCGCGGCCCGAGGGAAAGCUCCGGGAAGGAGAAGAAAGAAUAA